CGUUGUUACACUAUCCUGUGAAAAUGAUCACGAUCGCGUUCUUAGCUGUUGUGGCGUGUGCAAGCGCCGCACCACACUUCCGUCAUCACUAUAGUCACCGUCCAUUCUAUCAGGAACCAUUUUACCAGGAGCCAUUCAGCUAUGAUAGCGAGUCCAGUCUGGAAAGAUUUAUGGACAGCCAGAUGUUUGACACGAGAGGCUUCUGGGAAGAACUGAGUAGAGAGAUGAUGGGCUUGAACGCAAUGAUCGAGGAUUUGUACAAGCGUUUCCCGACCAAUUUAUCUGAAGAGAAAGUUGAAGGAAAUAAGUAUAAAAUCAAUAUUGCUCUUUCUGGUUUCGUUGAGAACGAGAUUGUAGUUAAGGCGAAGAAAGGACUGCUGAUCAUACAAGCUGUACAUGAAGCUGAACACGAGCCGGGGAAGAGUUAUCUGGACGUGAGGACUCUCCCAGAUGUUGUGGAUGUCAACGGCAGCUGGACAUACGAAAAUGGCUUACUUAAGAUCGUUUUCCCCCUGGAACAUAAGAGUGAAGUUGAACCAGCAGUAACAGAGGUUCCAGUCACUCAGGCACCGGAGCAUAGUCGUGAAUCAGUAGAAUUUGACAUGAAGACAUCUGGUAUCCAGGAUGCUGAUGUCGGUGCUACGAAACGAGUUACAGCUGAAGAUAACAGCAUAUCAACGAAUGAAAUACCGCAAGUACAGACUGUUGAAGCUACCACUUACGCCGUUGACUUGAAAGGCGAAGUAGAACUCGUGCCUGUAGUUUACUAAAUUAAUUAGAUUUUUAUACAAAAGUAAUUAUUUUUGUGAUA